AUGCAUUUUCAGUGGUUCUGCUAUAGUGGCAUUUCGACCGUUUUAUGGAAACAUUUUCCACUGUUCAUGGAAGAAGUAGCGAUAGGGAAGCCUGGCGUUGAAGCCCACGCAAACCUUGUAUACUUUCUUGAAAAAGCACUAUUCAUAAGGUUGACAAGAAUUCCUAAGAAGUCCGCGGCCAGUUUAGCCCUUCCACUCCGGGCUCGUCGGGUAGACAUAGUCCUCGAGUUCUCGUCAACCAUAUGUUCAAUUUGGAUCCCUAUUGUACGAAAUUCGCUAGAUAUUUGCAUACCAAUAUGA